UUGAGCACCACUCCGGCUGACGCUCAUCCUCUCAUCGCGGCUCCUCCUCUCCAGAGGACGCGCGGACUCGGCUGGAGCUCCAGGCGCGUUUUCACACACAGAAAAAAGACCUUUUAUUGGUCUGUCUGCCGUUGUGACAAACAGGCUCGUUUGGACCCAACUGAACCGGACCCAAGCGUUUUUUUUAUUUUUUACGCAUCAUUGGAUGGUUUAGCGGGUUCACUCUCUGUGGCGCUACCACCUGCAUUCUAUGAAGCCGACGUUCCUGUUAAAAAGCCGCAGCAUCACUGCACAUUCCUGUGGACGAAGCCCGACUCUACAAAGGUGCAGCAAGAUGCUGGGUGGGCUCCCUGAGUAUGGACUGAAGUUCUUGCUGGUCCUGAUAAUGCUUCAAACAGCAGGUUCAGGUUUAACCAAUGCUGACAGUGUGGUGAAUAUGCGAAAGGUGAAUCAUCAGACCAUUACCGAGGAGCUGUCUAGAACAGUUCUGCUCCCUUGCCUCUUCACCCUUCGACCCGGCACCAGCUCAUUCCAAGAGCCCCCAAGGAUCAAAUGGACCAAGGUUUGGGGUCAGAGAGGCUCUGAUGGCCUGCAGAAGGAGCAGUCAGUCCUGGUGGCCAAAGACAAUGUGGUCAAGGUGAAAAAGGCCUUCCAGGGUCGUGUCUCACUGCCUGGAUAUAGUAAGGACAGCUACAAUGCCAGUCUUGCUCUGACUGGCUUGCGUUCCAGCGACUCUGGUCUUUAUCGCUGUGAAGUUGUGGUAGGCAUCAAUGAUGAGCAGGAUACUGUUCCACUGGAGGUCACAGGUGUGGUGUUUCACUACCGGGCCCCUCACGACCGCUAUGCCUUGUCUUUCGCUGAUGCCAAGAGGGUGUGCACAGAGAACUCAGCUGCCAUCGCAACACCCGGUCAGUUGCAAGCAACUUUCGCUGAUGGCUAUGAGAACUGUGAUGCUGGUUGGCUGGCAGAUCAGACUGUACGGUACCCUAUCCAGUCACCUCGGCCCGGUUGCUAUGGUGAUCGAGAGGACUCACCUGGUGUUCGUAACUAUGGCUAUAGGGCUCCUGACGAGCUGUUCGAUGUCUACUGCUUUGCAAAGAAGCUUCAAGGGGAAGUGUUUCACUCCACGGUUCCAGAGAAGCUGAGCCUUGCCACCGCCUCCACCCACUGCCACUCUCUGGGAGCCCAACUCGCCACUGUCGGGCAGCUCUACUUGGCUUGGCAGGCUGGUUUAGACCAGUGUGAUCCCGGCUGGCUUGCAGAUGGCAGUGUUCGUUACCCCAUCAACGUCCCACGGAAGAACUGCGGCGGAGACGAGCCUGGGGUGCGGACCGUCUACAACAACCCAAACCGUACGGGCUUCCCGGACACCACUGCCCUCUUCGACGCCUACUGCUGCAGAGCCCACCAGCCAGCAGGGAUCCAGGCUUCAGAGGUGAAGGCUUUGUAUCAGACUGUGAGACCAGCGUCGGAAGCCUUGUCUUUAGUCACUGAAGUCCAGAGAAGUGGCCCCUCCAUCAGAACGUCCAUCUGGGCUGACCUGUUUGCCUUAAACAAAACACUAGUCCCUUCCUUUAGUAAAAACAAUGACUCGUCUGAAAUUUCUGAAGAGCAUGUUGUCAUCGACUUGAAGUCUGAGGAAAACUGGGAUGAAAGAAGCAAUGGAUCCAGAGUCAACCAGAUAGAUCCAAAUGGUUCGGAUGGAGCAGGUAGAAACAUCACUUCUGGUUUUCCUGACAUCGAAGGUGCAGAGAACCAUGGGGGUUCAGCUUAUGAGGACCAGGAUCACAGUUACUUUGGAUCAGAAACCCCAGCCUUAUCCUCCAUCGCCUCUUCCACCCCACAGCCUCAGGCAAGUUACAGUCUUCUCACUGAAUUUGUUAACACUCUCAUGAGGCCCUUUAAGUUCUGGACAGGGAGCAAAGGGGCUGACAAGACAGAAAGGGUACCCACACUGCCUGAGGAAAAAGCUGCAGAGACCCAGACACAGGGAGAGGCAUUCGGCAAAAAUCUAAGUGUUCCCAAACCCAGUGGAAACAAGGGCAGCAUGGACAAUGCCAUCCUGGAGCACAGAAUUGGCACUUUCCCCCUCAGGGGUCCCAAAAGCAGUCUACAGAGUUCAGAAAAGGGGCUGUCAGAGCAUGAAAAAGAGCUGAUGCCUCUCAUUAAGCUGAUGCCUUCAGUCCAAAACGCAGAGCAAGGGGCCAGCAGCGGUCAGCCUGGGAAAGGAGGAACCAGCUCGAUCAAUGGCAACCUGCAAUCUACUUUUAAUGAUCACACUGAGAAUUCUCCACCUAUCCAACAUGUCAGCACAUCUGGUAUUCAGAGUUCCAGGCAAGGCAAUUUCCUUGCUUCUGUCUCCAAUGCUCAAUUCCAGUGGGCGCUUAAGUCCGAGAGUGGUCCCAAACAAGGGCUUCCUGAAAAUAUGGCCUAUUUGGAUGAACAACAAUCAUGGGAGCCAAAAGAAGCUAAAGCAGGACCUCUUGAGUUGAUGACGUUGCCCAAAUCCCUGCAUCAGGAGAACCCGGAGAACUAUUCAGGUGAAGGCAAAGAUCAGGAUCUAGAAGGUGCAGUGACUUUGACUGACAAAGGCAGAGCUGUAUCAGGAGAGGAGAAAGACAUGGAGGGUAGUGGAAAUGGAAGCAGCUUUCUGGCUGGCUUUAAAAUGAAAGUCAGCACAUUGGCCAGCAGUGGUGUUACAUUAAGUCCUACACCUAAAGCUUUACCCAAACCAAACAGUUACAUGACUGUGGGUGAACACACUACUCUGUCGCAGUGGCUGCUGGUUAAUCAACCUACCAGCUCACCUCAGGGUGCCAUGGAGUCAGACGCAGCAGAGGAGGCCAAGGAAGAGAUUUUCUAUGUCCACAGGCCAACUGAGAGGCAAUCUUUGCCGUCUACUUUGCAAACACAAGAUGAAAGUAAAGUGACGGGGAUAGCUGCCACAACUGAAGCUCUGCUGGAGGUACUGACAACUUCUGAGGUGACCUCAGUGGAGCCUUUGGUUGGAGAACCAGAUAGAACCGAUCCUUUCUCCACAGUCACUACCAUAGAAAGUACUUCAGAUACCACUGCUACAGAGGAGCCAUCUAUUUCCAUUUCAUGGGCUCAGGAAGAGCAGAAGAACAUUAGUGUAACUGACCAGCAAAGCCACCCCUUAGUGACUCCGACGCCAACUGAAGGAUCUCAAACUGAAGUCAUUCAAUUGAGCACCAAAGCCUUCAACACUGAAAUUGGCCUGACAAACAUGGAGUCGAGAUCUGCAGUUACUGAAUUCUUUGUUGUGGGAAGUGUUCAGACACCUUCCAAAGAGUCAAAACUAGAGGAACACACAACCCUAACGACCACAGAGAAGAAAGACACAAGCAACCCGUUUGGCAGUCUUACACCUGACUGGGCAUUUGGCCUCAUGCCAUCAGUUGAGAGUAACCCGUGCCAGACCAGCCCCUGUCUCCAUGGUGGGAGCUGCUUGCAGGAAGGCGACGCCUAUAGCUGCUACUGUCCUCAGGGCUACUCUGGAGAGAACUGUGAAAUUGACAUUGACGACUGCCAGUCUAAUCCGUGCCAGAACGGAGGAACCUGCAUUGACGAGAUCAACUCCUUUGUGUGUCUUUGUCUGCCCAGCUAUGGUGGAGCUACGUGUGAGAAAGACAUUGAGGGCUGUGAGCAUUCAUGGAGAAAGUUUCACGGCCACUGCUACAGGUAUUUCAGCCGCAGACACACCUGGGAGGAUGCUGAGAAGGACUGCAGGGAGCACAGCGGUCACCUGGCCAGCAUCCACAGUGCAGCCGAGCAGAACUUCAUCAGAGGUCUGAGCCAUGACAACACCUGGAUUGGGCUAAAUGAUCGUACAGUGGAGGAUGACUUUCAGUGGACAGACAAGACAGACCUGCAAUAUGAAAACUGGCGGGAAAACCAACCUGACAACUUCUUCGCUGGAGGAGAGGACUGCGUGGUAAUGAUCGCUCACGAGUACGGCAAAUGGAACGACGUGCCCUGCAACUAUAAUCUGCCCUACAUCUGCAAGAAGGGAACAGUGCUUUGUGGAGCCCCUCCCAGCAUGGACAAUGCCUUUUUAAUUGGUCGGAAGCGUUCCCACUAUGACAUCCACUCCAUAGUGCGCUACCAGUGCGUCGAUGGCUUCCUGCAGCGCCAUGUACCCACUGCUAAGUGUCAUGCAAACGGCAAAUGGGACCGACCCAAAAUCAUCUGCAUAAAAUCUCGGCGAGCCCAUCGUUACCGACGCCACCACCACAAAGCAAGGAGGGAGCGCAGGAAGCACAAGAGGCACGGCCACAGAGAGGGGGGACACCACGGAGGGGAGCUCAGCCAGGGCCACAACCACGCCCGCUUCUGAACCAAAAAAAAGAUUGGCACCCGCUUUCUUUUUCUUUCCCUGCUGCAAAGUGCAGCUUGUCUGUCUCCCCGCUGUCCUCAUUUCCCCAAAUACCACUUCAAACUCUUAGCUCAUACACCCCCUGCCCCUUUCUGUUCUGCCUUUACCUCCCCACCACCACCCCCUGGCACCCAGAGGCAACCUGCUUAUUAGUCCCCUCUGAGGCCAGCCAAAGUGUUGCCAGGACUAUAACAAUCCCAUUGAUAUCCUUUUUUCUUUCUUGUCUUUGUUUAAUUUUUGGGCUUCAGUUUUUUUGUUUAUCCUCUACCCUCUCACAUGAUCCAGCUACUUUCUGUAUGUGCUCAGCCCUUGGCCCAUGUUGACCUGUUUUUGAGAAAGAAAGGGAUAAAAAAAUGAGUUUAACUCUGGACUUUCUUUAGUGAGAAGUGGUUUAGUAUGAACUAUAAAUAGGGAUGACAUCACUGAAAAUGUCGUAUCAAAGUCAGACGAGUCAAUGGAGACAUUGUGAUAUUGACUUGAGCCUUUUGUCUAUUGAACAGUUAUUUUUUACAAAUGCUCUGUGUUUAUCUCCUGAAUCUGCUGCUCUUCGGUUUGCCCUUUGUAAGACACUGUUGGAGACUCGCAGCGCUGCUGCAGCUGCAUCAUUCUGAUAGCGAUUUGACUGGUUUUUGAACCAGAGGCAGUUGUAAUUUAAUUAUUUGAUUGUUAGCGUUGUAUUUUCUUGUAAGUGUGAGACAGUUGUUUUAGAUCAGAUGAUAAAACCCCAGAGGAAAAAUGGAUAAUGCCUCCGAUUUCUUGUUCAGGUCCAUCACAUAUCAGUGGAUCUUCAGAAGACCUAAACCAUCUGAAACAGCUGAAGCUGUUUCAAACAUCCCCACCUGUUACUGCCAGGUUUGACCUGCACAUUUGAUGUCGAUUGUCUCAACUCAGCUCAGAACUCCCACAUUUCUUUUCUGUUGUUGUCAUAAUUUAUCUUGCUCUAGGUUUGUCUGCUCUGAAUCAACAAAGGAAGAAGUAGCAAGGGGAGGUUCCUCUGAUUUUGGAGUUCAGCUGCUUUUGAGUUUUUCACUGUGACCUGCUCAGUAUAAUGAUAUUUUUGACUACUUGAGUCAUUAACAUUUUAACUGUUGAACUUAAACAGAAGCACACAGAAAUACCACCACAGAAGCAUUAAAACGUUUACAUACAUUCAUGAUGGCAAGAAUGUCUUUUUAAUAUUUGGCAUUUAAGGAUGCAUUCAAUAGUUCUGAUUUUCAGGGUGGAAUGAUUAUGCAACAAUUUCAGUGAUUUUCAUCCACCCAUCCAUCCAUCAAUCCAUCCACCCAUCCAACCACUGAUUAUGAUGUUCAGAAAUAUAUAUAUAUACAGGGGUUGGACAAUGAAACUGAAACACCUGGUUUUAGACCACAAUAA